CAUCGAUGUUUCUCCACCUCUAGUUUAGGAGAAGUUCAUCACUAGUUGUAUGCAUAGCCACGCAUGCCCGCUAUAUCUUAAGUUCGUGUUGUGUUCGUGUUUAAUUAAGCUAACUAAAAUCGGGAACCAAUGUGAUAAGAACGCGUCCCAAGCGAGGUGAAAAAAAUGUAUAUCUGUGUGUGAGCGGAGCCGAAACCGAACGCAGAAAGAAGCAACAAAUUCCACCGAGCCACCGCCUAACUGCGCAACGGCGAGUAAAUUAGUAGAUACCUGAAUCGAGACACAUUCUGACGGACAGCAUGCUGAAGUUCAUACGGGGCAAGGGCCAGCAGCCCACCGCGGAGCGUCAGCGCCUGCAGAAGGAUCUGUUUGCAUAUCGCAAGACCGCACAGCAUGGAUUCCCCCACAAGCCCUCGGCGCUGGCCUACGACCCGGUGUCGAAGCUCAUGGCGAUCGGCACCCAGACGGGCGCCAUCAAGGUCUUCGGCCAGCCCGGCGUGGAGCUCUACGCCCAGCACACCCUGGUGAACAACUCGGCCGCGGAGCUCAACGUCCAGCUGCUGGAGUGGGUAUACGGCACGGGCCGCAUCCUCUCGCUGACGGCGGCCAACCAGCUGAUACUGUGGGAGCCCGUGGGCAGCACCCUGGUGGCCAUCAAGACGCUGUCCUUCGACGGCAAGCUCAAGAAGGUCUCCUCGCUGUGCUGCUCCCUGAACAAGGACGUCCUCUGGAUCGGAACGGAGGGCGGCAACAUCUACCAGCUGGACCUGCACUCGUUUACCAUCAGGGAGCCGGUCAUCUACCACGACGUGGUCCUGGAGCAGGUCCCGCCCGCCUACAAGCUGAACCCGGGCGCCAUCGAGUCCAUCCGCCAGCUGCCCAACGCCCUCAACAAGCUUCUGAUCGCCUACAACCGGGGCCUGUGCGUGCUGUGGGACCUGGACACCUCCUCCGUGGAGCGCGCCUACAUAGCGCCGGGCCACGGACAGAGCGUCGGCCUCUCGGUGCACACCGACGGCUCCGAGUUCAGCUGGUACCAUGCGGACGGCUCCUACGCCACCUGGAGCAUUGGCAGCGCCGAUCCCCCCAAGAACGUCAACUACGUUCCCUACGGCCCGGACCCGUGCAAGAGCAUCAAUCGCCUCUUCAAGGGCAAGAGGGGUUCCAGCGACGUGAUUGUCUUCUCCGGCGGCAUGCCCCGCUCCGCUUACGGCGACCACAACUGCGUCUCGGUGCACGUCAGCGACGGGCAGAAGGUGUGCCUCGACUUCACCUCCAAGGUGAUCGACUUCUUCGUCACCUACCAGGAGGACAGCGACGUGGCGCAGGUCCUGAUUGUGCUGCUGGAGGAGGAGCUGUGCGCGUACGACCUCACCGACGCCAACAUCCCGGCCAUCAAGGCGCCCUACCUGCACUCCGUGCACGCCUCGGCCGUCACCUGCAACUACCUCGCCUCCCAGGUGAACCAGGCCGUCUACGAGCGCAUUCUGCGGGCCGGGGACGAGCAGGACAUCGACUACAGCAACAUCGACUGGCCCAUCACCGGCGGCGUGCUGCCGGAGGACGAGUCUGCCGCCCCGUCGGACGACGAGGAGGCGGCCAAGGAGUACGAGAUCCUGCUGACCGGCCACGAGGACGGGUCCGUCAAGUUCUGGGACUGCACCGGGGUGCUGCUGAAGCCGAUCUACAACUUCAAGACGGCGGGCAUCUUCGGAAACGAGCACGACUUCCGGGACGAAUCGGCUGCCGACAACGCAGAUCCGCUGGACGAGGGAGAGCCUCCGUUCCGCAAGGCCGGCCUCUUCGAUCCGUACUCCGACGACCCCCGGCUGGCGGUCAAGAAGAUAGCCCUGUGCCCCAAGACGGGGCAGCUCAUUGUGGGCGGCACAGCCGGCCAGAUCGUAAUCGCAGACUUUGAGGACGCCGCCGAGGACAGCGGCCCCCUGAAGUACAGCUCCAUGAACCUGGUCAGCGACCGGGACGGCUUCGUGUGGAAGGGGCACGACCAGCUGAAUGUGCGGGCCAACCUGCUGGAGGCCAACGCGGCUCCCCUGGCCGAGAACGGCGUGAACAUCACGGGGGUGCUGCAGGUCCUGCCCCCGGCCAGCAUCACAUGCAUGGCCCUCGAGGCCAACUGGGGCCUGGUCUCCGGAGGAACCGCCCACGGCCUGGUGCUCUUCGACUUCAAGAACUUUGUGCCGGUGUUCCAUCGGUGCACCCUUAACCCGAACGAUCUCACCGGGGCCGGCGAGCAGCUGUCCCGGCGCAAGUCGUUUAAGAAAUCGCUGCGCGAGUCGUUCCGGAAGCUGCGCAAAGGCCGCUCGACCCGGAACAACCCCACCAACCAGGUCCCGACAACGCUGGAGGCACGUCCGGUGGAGCGACAGAUAGAGGCCCGCAACGCCGACGACGGCCUGGGGUCGAUGGUGCGCUGCUUGCUGUUUGCGAAGACAUAUGUGACCAACGUCAACAUAACAUCACCCACCUUGUGGUCGGCCACCAACUCGAGCACCGUCUCGGUGUUCCUCCUGCACCUGCCCCCUGCGCAGACCGCCGCCACCGCAAUACCCCCUAUAAGUGGCAACGCUCCGCCCCAAACCCCACGUCGCAUUUCCGCGCAGCUGGCCAAGGAAAUCCAGCUGAAGCACCGCGCCCCCGUGGUGGGCAUUUCCAUCUUCGACCAGACUGGCUGCCCGGUGGACCAGCUGAACCCCGGCGAGAACGGAACGCCGCCCCACCGCCUGCUCAUCGCCUCCGAGGAGCAGUUCAAGGUGUUCUCCCUGCCCCAGCUGAAGCCCAUCAACAAGUACAAGCUGACCGCCAACGAGGGCGCCCGCAUCCGACGCAUUCACUUCGGCUCCUUCAGCUGCCGUAUUUCGCCGGAGCUCCUGCAGAGUCUGCACGCCGGCAGCCCCACCAAGUCCACGCGCUCCCACGGCGAGGGCGACGGAGCGGCCAACAUCAGCGCCACCUCGGGUGGACGCGGGGAUCUGUACCACGAAAUGGCUCUGAUCUGCCUGACCAACAUGGGCGACAUCAUGGUGUUGUCCGUGCCGGAGCUGAAGAGGCAGCUGAACGCCGCGGCCGUGCGGCGGGAGGACAUCAAUGGGAUCUCGUCGCUGUGCUUCACCAACGCCGGCGAGGCUCUGUACAUGAUGUCUUCCUCGGAGCUGCAGCGCAUCGCCCUGGCCACGUCCAAGGUGGUGCAGCCCACGGGCGUCGUCGAGGUGGAGCCGCUGGAGAGCGAGGAGACCUCUUUGCCGGCCAACGACGAGGACGAGAGCGACAAGGAGACGGACCUCCAGAAGGAGGUGAGCGAGGCCAUCAAGGAGCCGCCCGUGGCCACCCAGCGCGCGAAGCCCGUGGAGGUCAGUGUGGACCGGAGCAGCCUGCACCUGGCCAACGGCCUCAGCAGCAGCAACUCACCCAACCGUGCCAACGAGACCAUCACCAGUUCCAUCGGUGACAUCACCGUCGACUCGGUGCGUGACCACCUGAACACCACCACGACUACCUUGUGUUCCACGACUACGGAGGAGACUGUGGGUCGACUAUCAGUGCUUAGCACGCAAACCAACCAGCAAACCACCACCGUCAAUGUCAACGACAUUCCGAACAUCAACAUACCCAACCUGAUGGACUUGGCCUCGAAAAGCAACACCACGGAGACGAGCACCAGCUCUGUGGUCAUCAAGUCCGUCAUAACGAGCAUAUCCCACGAAAAGACGAACGGAGAGAGCGAGGCCCGCACGACCAAGACCACGACGCACGAGGAGAGCCAGUUCUAGGACUCUGCAGACGCGGUACCAAGCACCCGGCACACCAGAUGCUAUCAAGAAUUUACGGACCAAUGCCGAUUCGGACGCUGAAGGACUUGGGUAUUCCCGUGAGGAAUAUCGCCAACACACUCGACAAGUUUCGCACAAUUUUAUUCGCAUUGAUGAGGAGAGGAGGUCCACUUCGAGAACCAUAUCAUGACGAUGUCAUAUCGGAAAUGACAGACUCCCCAUAUACUGGCCACUGUGCCCCACAACAGAACCCACACAAAACUACUUUCUUCAGAAGAAAUUGAAACUUGGUGUGCUCCAUUGCGACCGCAACUGUAUUUUAGUUAUGUAGAUCAACCCCUUCACACUUUUAAGAGACGAGAUCGACUUUCAGUCCACGAGCGGCAACUAUUGCAUUUUAUACAAACAACAACUAUUUAAUAUCAUUGCACGUUAUUUUUUGUAAUCCAUGUUCUUGUAAGCUUAUAUUGUACUUUUACGAACCGAUGGCGUUUAAAUAUGAUUAGUGAAAUUUACGACACAUCCAUACCUUUAAUGAUUUGAUGUUACCACGAAGGAUCUGCCGUCUGUCCCGGCUGGUCGAAGUCCGAGCACUUCCAGGACCAUCUAUAGACAACGCCCUGUUUUGGGCCUGGAUUGCCAGCAGUUGAGUCCAAAACUGAUUAACAUUCCCUAAAUUUUGAGAGUUUGGUGACAAUCUUAGCCAGCCAGCAGUUUAAAGUUUAAAGGCUAUAUCGAACAGGGCUGAUCAAGUACAAUACGAAACAAGUAUGCCUUAUAAAAAUUAAUAUAUUUACAGAUUUUGAAAAGUAUUAAAAACCAAUAUUUACAACA